AUGGAGCUCACAUUCAUGACUGAAAUCGGACAGACGUUCGUCGUUGAGAUCGACCCGAACAUGGAGCUCGAGAACGUCAUGGCCUUGCUCGAGGCCGAGUCCUCAAUACCAGUACAAGAGCAAUCGAUAUCAUACAAUGGCCGCGAGCUGAGCAACGCGAAAGCUACGAUCCGCGAGCUGGGCGUACAGGGGGAGAACGCGAUGCUCCUCCUCCGGCGAAAAGUCGUCAGUGCUGCAGGAGGAUCAAUCGAACAGGACGCUGAAAUGAUGCGUCUGCAGAUAUUAGGGGACCCAGCUCUAAUGGCCCAACUACAAGAUACCCAACCCGAGCUCGCCGCCGCCGCCCGAUCCAACUCCGCGCGGUUUGCGGAGCUUUUGCGACAGACUCGCGACCGGCACGUCAAUGCAGAGCGCGAGAUUGAGCGACUGAAUGCAGACCCAUACGACGUCGAUGCGCAGCGCAAGAUCGAGGAGGCGAUACGCCAGGCGGCUGUUGCGGAGAACAUGGAGCACGCGAUUGAGUACUCGCCCGAAUUCUUUGGCAGGGUCACAAUGCUUUAUAUUCCUGUGGAGGUGAACUCGCAUCCUAUCAAGGCUUUCGUGGACUCAGGAGCUCAGCAAACGAUCAUGAACCCUGAAACGGCAGAAGCAUGUGGAAUCAUGCGCCUUCUAGACACCAGAUUUGCAGGCGUCGCUCGUGGUGUCGGCACCGCUAAAAUUCUUGGUAGGGUACACAUGGCACAACUCAAGCUCUCCGAUGUAUUCCUCCCUUGCUCAAUCACUGUCAUGGAGGGACGUGAUGUCGAUCUCUUGCUAGGACUUGACAUGCUCAAAGCACAUCAGGCAUGCAUCGAUCUCGAGAAAGGCGUCCUGCGUAUUCAAGGUCGUGAAGUCAAGUUCCUCUCAGAGCACGAACUCCCUGACAAAGCGCGCGACCUCGAACUGCCAGAGCAGGUCGACGCUGCCACAUUAGGCUCAGGAUCUGCCUCUUCUUCAUCUGGCGCCGCCCCACAUGCCAGCAGAAAUGCGCCCUCGUUCCCUGGAGGUGGAAGGACGCUUGGAGCGGCUCCCUCAGGUGGCAUGGCCUCGCCACAGAGAACAGCUCCCCAGCAGCAGCAGCAACAGCGGACGACGAACUAUCCCGAGCAGAGCAUUUCGAUAUUGAUGGACCUCGGUGCACCACGCGAACUCGCCAUCAGCACGCUAGACGCUGCAGGUGGUAAUGUCGAUGUCGCUGCCUCUCUGUUGUUCUAG